AUGUCAAAGAGUACUUGCAUGUGUAUGCUCCCAGGUAGGAAAUAUUUCUGCUACGGAAACUACGCUGAUUAUUCCUAUUCUGGCCUCAGUCUCCUUAUAGAUUCCCAAUUUAACGUCAAAAAACUAUCUGAUGGGAUCCCUUGCCACUGCUCUGGGGGUACUUACCUACGUGGAUGUAUAUACGUAUUUGGAGGUUACAACCACAAAGGCCUUCUCAGCCUGGCUGAAAAAUAUACAAUUUCUACUGAUUCCUGAAGCAAACUUUCCCAAUUGCCAGAGCCUUCAGACUAUUGUUCAUGUAUCGCCUUUGGAGAGAAAAUUAUUCUAUCAGGAAACAUGCAUUCCAAGCUUUAUUCAUAUGACCCUCUCUUAAAUUCUUAUGACGAGCUUUUUAGCCUGACUCCUGUAAGAUCAAAAGUGCUAUGUGGGGCUAAUAGUAGACUGUUUAUUAUAGAAAGCAGUGGUAGAAUUUAUGAAAGCGCGAUAAAAGAUUUGAGAGUGUGGGAGCACCUUUGGGAAGCGUCAAUAGUUAGAUUUUCGCCGUUAUCGUGUGCUGUCACCCAUGAUGAGAGCAUAUUUUUUGCUUUAUCGAAUAAUCAAGUAUAGGAUUUUUCUAAAAUGGAUUAAAAAUAGCAUUUAUUUAGCAGAAAAGACAAUUUUAUGGGAAAAUGGAUAUAUAGAUUUGAUAUUGCGAAGAAAUCCAUCGAGGAGUAUAGUGUAAUUUAA